AAGCAAGUCAUUGCCGUGUUUGACCUCAAAGCAUAUACUUACAUCACAUACAUUCAUCUUCAUAUAUAUCAUCAUCAUAAACAAACAAGCACACAUGUAUGUAUAAUUUUCAAGAAAACUACUUUAUUAUACUUAUUUGCUCUUCCUAAUAAUUGGGUUUUCUUGAAAUCUGCUUGUGAUUACAUGAACCCAAGACCUCGGAUUCUUGUUGAGGAAGUUUCGAGCUUUUGGUGGGUGAGAUUUAUUAGAUAUCUUGAUCUGAUAAAGAUCAGAAUUUGAUUUGAUUCGAUUGAAUUGAUCUGAAAAAUGAAUGGGGAAAUGAGGGGGUUGAAUAACACGUUGGAUACUAUAAACGCAGCUGCGAAUGCGAUCGCAUCAGCUGGGAAUCGGUUGCCUCAAUCUUCUUCUGUUCAGAAAACAAGAUGGGGAGGCUGUUGGAGCAUAUAUUCAUGUUUUGGAUCUGGAUCUGGUAGACAAAGGAAACGGAUAGGACCUGCUGUUUUUGUUCCUGAGACAACAGUAGUAGCAGAAGCUCCUGCAGCUCAAAACUUAAACCAUGUACCUUCGAUCAUACUUCCUUUUUUUGCACCUCCAUCAUCUCCAGCCUCUUUCCUUCAGUCAGAACCUCCUUCAGCGACUUUAUCACCAACUGGAUCAGUUACCCUAUCUGCCAACAUGUACUCACCUGGUGGGCCAGCAAACAUAUUUGCCGUCGGUCCUUAUGCCCAUGAAACCCAGUUGGUAACCCCCCCGGGGUUCUCAAGUUCAACAUUUACUACUGAACCAGGUACUCCGUUUACUCCUCCCCCCGAGUCCCUUCAGUUUACGACACCUUCCUCGCCUGAGGUCCCAUUCGCUCGGUUCCUUGGACCCAAUCACCAAAAUGGGGAAUCUGAUAAAAAAUUUCCGUUCUCCCAUUAUGACUUCCAAUCUUAUCAGCUUUACCCUGGAAGCCCAGUUGGCCAACUGAUCUCUCCCAGCUCAGGCAUUUCCCAAUCAGGCACCUCAUCUCCUUUUCCUGAUUCUGAUGCUGUUCCUGAUCGUCUCCAAUCCCUUGAAUUUCAGACCAGCAAUGCUCCGAAGCUCUGGAACCUUGAGAACCUGUCUCCCCGUAAAUGGAAAUCACAACAAGGAUCUGGUUCUUUGACCCCAGAUGCUGUGCACUGCAGACCUCGUGAUGGUUUUGUGCUGGAUCGCCAAAAAUCAGACAUUUCUCCUCUCCCAACUGCUUUUAAUGGGUGGCGACAUGAUGAAAUUGUAGUCAAUCAUAGAGUUUCAUUUGAAAUAACGGCCGAAGAAGUUGUGAGAUGUGUGGAAAAGAAGUCAGCUUCAUCAGCAAAGGCUGUAUCAGUACUCCCCGAGUAUGUAGAAUGUCUUCGAGAAGGGCAUGAGAAUUUAUCAGAGCUGGCUGAUGAUCAGGAGUGUUAUACAAGUGGACAACUAGAAGCGACUCAUAAGAGAACUUCUGGAGACCCUGAGGAUGAACAGAGGCGUCAUAAGCAUCGGUCAAUCACUCUUGGUUCUUCUAAGGAAUUCAACUUUGAUAGUGCUGAUGGAGGACAUUCCGAUAAGCGCACUUCUAUUGCCUCCGACUGGUGGGCCAAUGAAAAUGUUAUUGGGAAGGAGGUUGUUCCAAGUAAGAACUGGUCCUUCUUCCCAGUUAUGCAGCCAGGUGUCAGUUAACUGGUCUACACGACUGGCUUUCCAUGCAGUUUGUGCGAAAAUCGUGGCCAAGCGUGUACAAUCUGAAGGAAUCUAUCAAUGACUAUUACAGGAAUUGUAAUAUACUAGUGAAAUCUGCAGCUGUUUAGAGGGACGACUGACCAAUGCAAAUAGGUUGCUAUUCUCAGGAAGUUACAGAUCGCAUAACCAUAGCGACAGGUCAACAUUUUGUUAAGAUUUUGAUAGCAUAUAUAUCUUUUUUAAUCUUGUACACUACAUGCAGUAACAUAAGCUAACACAAAUAAACAUCUUUACUGGUCUUUUCAGUAUGUAAUAUAAAAAUGUGUAUUUUAUAUAAA